UUCUAGGCCAGCUUUCAGUGCCAGAAGAGAAGGCAGCAGAAUUACUUUUGGAUAUUGAAUCUGUAAUUACCUUUUAUUGUAAAUCACGUAACAUUAAAUAUAGCAUGUCCCUUAGCUGGAUACAUCUACUCAAACCACUGGUGCGUCUUCAACUGCCACGCAGCGAUUUAUACAACUGCUUUUAUGCUAUCAUGAAUAAGUACAUACCCAGGGAUUGUUCCCUGAAGGGGAGACCCUUUCAUCUUUUCCGAUUACUCAUCCAAUACCAUGAGCCUGAGCUUUGUUCAUUCCUUGAUACAAAGAAAAUUACUCCAGACUCCUAUGCACUCAACUGGCUUGGAAGCCUUUUUGCAUGUUACUGUUCCAUUGAAGUCACUGAGGCGUUAUGGGAUGGAUAUCUACAACAAGCAGAUCCAUUUUUUAUUUAUUUUUUAAUGUUAAUAAUCCUUGUUAAUGCAAAAGAAGUUAUUUUAGCACAAGAGUCUGACAGCAAAGAAGAAGUUAUCCAGUUCUUGGAAAACACUCCAUCCAGUUUGAAUCUAGAAGAUAUAGAAGACCUUUUCUCUCUGGCUCAGUAUUAUUGCAGUAAAACACCAGCUUCAUUUAGAAAGGAUAAUCACCAUCUAUUUGGUAGUACUUUGUUGGGAAUUAAGGAUGAUGAAGCAGAUCUGAGUCAGGCUCUUUGUCUGGCAAUCUCGGUCUCAGAGAUCCUUCAAGCAAAUCAGCUGCAGGGGGAAGGAGUCCGGUUCUUUGUGGUGGAUUGCCGUCCUGCAGAACAGUAUAAUGCUGGGCAUUUAUCAACUGCUUUCCACUUAGAUUCAGAUCUGAUGCUCCAGAAUCCAUCUGAAUUUGCACAGUCAGUAAAGUCCUUGCUGGAAGCACAGAAGCAGUCCAUUGAGUCUGGCUCCAUCGCUGGUGGGGAACACCUCUGUUUCAUGGGCAGUGGCAGAGAGGAAGAAGACAUGUAUAUGAACAUGGUCCUGGCACACUUCUUACAGAAAAACAAAGAAUAUGUGAGCAUUGCCAGUGGAGGAUUUAUGGCAUUGCAGCAGCACUUAGCAGAUAUUAAUGUGGAUGGACCAGAAAAUGGAUAUGGCCAUUGGAUUGCUAGUACCUCAGGCUCAAGGAGCAGUAUCAGUUCUUCUGUUGAUAAAUUUCCAGUCACCCCUACCUUCAGCAACUACCACCCUGAGCAGCCAUCAGCAUCAAAGCAAGACUACCAACAAAAAGAUUACAACUCACUGAAGGCUCAGAUGAUGGGAGAAUCUUCUAAUGGCUUAAAUGAUAGAGGAAUGAAAUCACUAGUAAAUAAAAUGACUAUUGCUUUGAAGACAAAAUCCGUUAAUGUCAGGGAAAAAGUUAUCAGUUUUAUUGAGAAUACAUCAGCUCCUGUGGAUCGAAUGUCUUUCAAUCUUCCUUGGCCAGACAGAACAUGUACAGAGCGUCAUGUGAGCAGCAGUGACAGAGUGGGCAAGCCUUACCGUGGUGUGAAACCUGUGUUCAGCAUUGGGGAUGAAGAAGAAUACGACACAGAUGAAAUUGACAGUUCUUCCAUGUCAGAUGAUGAUAGAAAAGAGGUUGUAAACAUUCAGACUUGGAUAAACAAGCCAGACAUCAAGCAUCAUUUUCCUUGUAAAGAAGUGAAAGAAAAUGGACACAUGUUUCCUAGUCAUCUGUUGGUUACUGCAACACAUAUGUACUGUUUAAGGGAGAUUCUUUCACGGAAAGGAUUGGCUUAUAUACAGUCUCGACAAGCACUAAAUUCUGUGGUUAAAAUUACAUCCAAAAAGAAACACCCUGACCUAAUUACCUUCAAGUAUGGAAACAGCAGUGCUUCGGGAAUAGAAAUCUUGGCAAUUGAAAGUCAUCUGUGUUUUAGCCGUCAGCACAUGAUUUUAGUAUUUGAUUCCAAAUGCAGGAGAUGCUACCAAAGCCAUAAAACAACAGAUCAUGAAAGUGUUGGAUGCUUUGGAAAGUUAAUAUAAAAGAAAAGUAUUUCAAAAGAAAUUAAGGCAACCAAGAGAAACAUGGACAUUUUCCUGACUGAAUACUAACUGGAGACCUUUCAUUUGCUCAUGGGGAUAUUUGAAUAGCAGUCUUAAAAGUUUCAAUUAUUAUAAUUAAUCUCUGGACAGUUAAUUUUUAAAUUUUUUUCUUUUGCAUUUUUGGCUUUGUAAAAUGAUUCAUUAUAAAAGUCAGUUAUUAAGUGACUUUGAAGUAACUAACCCUGUGCCCUUAUGAAGUAAGGGAGCAGAAUGCAGUUCUGUUUUGAAGAGCUGUUUUAAGGGAACAUGCAUCACUUUCAGAUUUAAAAACAACCAUACACAUAUAUAUAUAUUUGCAAUGUCUUCACUGAAAACUAGAGAUAGAAUUAGUUGAAGAGAGCCUGUUAAUUGCUACAUUUGUUUUUACCCACUGAGCAAUAUCAGUAACUAAAAAUAUUACAUAUCUUAAUAAUUAGCUUGCCGUUUCUGAUCUUAAAAAGAGUGUUAUCUUUUUAAUGAAAUGGAUAAAGAUUCCAGCCAACUCAGAAAUUCAGUCCAGGUAAUGAAAUGUUGAAACAUCAGUUUCCAAACAUCUUUGCACCAUUAGCUAAUAAUUUGAACACGAGUGCUUCAGAUACUAAACAUCAUCCUAACGGUUUCAAUGGAGCAGUUAAAAGCAAUAUAUAUAAGUAGGUAGGCAUGUUAAGAUUACAGUUAACAUUUUGAGGACAGAAUUGUAUCUGUAAAAAUGUCAUUGGUCUUUAUUACAAAUGCAAUAUUUGAUUUAGGGUAUUUAAGACAGGUGUUGAGCACACACUGAUUUAUCCUCAGUGAGAUUAUGGUCUGUGACCACAAAUAUCCACUUAAAUAAAAGCCAAAUAAUCAGAGAGCUGUAUAAACUAUAGUUGUUUUUAUCAUCACUUUCUGAAAUUUCUCUUCUUUGGUUUUUGUCUUGUCUUAUUAAAAUUCCAGUGGUUUGAAACUAUUUUUAUUCUCUUAAUAUGACAAAACUGUAAAGUGAUCUGCUUUAUUUCGCAGCUUCCUCAACUUAAUUUAUUGAGAGGUUCAUAUUAGACAUGUUAGGUAAGAGAAAUCCAAGAACACAUUUGAGGAUGUGGAAUGACUUCUUGUAAAAUCUGUUUGGGAAGUAGCAAAUCCUUAUAAUCUUCAUGUUUUAAAGUGUAAUGGAUUAUCUCUAAGGGGUUGAUAGGAGAGAUAUUUAGACAUAUCCGGUUUGCAGAUGGUAAUUUUAAUUUACUUCAUGGAAAUCAAGUGAAUAAAAGGCAGCAUAGGUCAUGGUAUUUUGAUAUUUUAUUCUCAUAUUUAAAUAAAAAGUUUACUUGAGUGGUUGAAGACAUUUGCAUGAAAUUGCUCCUGGUGCAAUAAUUGAUAUUUAUAACUCUCUCCACAACUGUUAUGUUGCAUUUUUUUCUUUUCUUGGCACCUCCUUUAGAAAUGUCCUGAAGUCUCAUCCCCCACCCCAUUUCGGUUAUAGAACUUUUUACAUAAUAUUAAUGUAAAGAUGUUUGUGUUAAUGUUUAUAAAUUACAAUUGUAAAUAAACCAAUACAGUUUAUGCAAAA